GGCGGAAGCGGACGGGCGGGAUGGAGGAGCCGGAGAUGCAGCUGAAGGUGAAGAAAGUCACAGACAAGUUCACGGAGAGCAUGUACGUGUUGGCCAACGAGCCCUCGGUGGCACUGUACCGGCUGCAGGAGCACGUGCGCAGGUCUCUCCCCGAGCUCGCCCAGCACAAGUCCGACAUGCAGAGCUGGGAGGAGCAGAGCCAAGGAGCCAUCUACACGGUGGAGUAUGCCUGCAGUGCCAUAAAGAACAUGACUGACAGCACUGUGUACUUCAAGAGCAUUGACAGCCUGCUCAAACACGCCAUAGCCAUGAAGGAGCAGCUGAACGCUGCCCAGGGCCGCAGCGCUGUUGCCCCACAAGUCAAGAAUCCUCCAGCCAGUUCCUGAUUCAAGACUGGCCAUCCUCUGCUGCCUUCUCCAGCCCAGCUCCAUGUUCUUCAACCACAGGGAGGAGGGAGAAACCACCUACUCAAGCUGUGAAGCUGCACCAAGGCCUCUGCCCCCUUCUGUUCCCAGUAACGAGUGCACCUGAGCAGGCAAACCCUGCUGCUUUGGGGAGUGCUUUUUGGGGCAGCUCUGUCCCUUUGCUCCGCAAGAGGGAAGCGGGGUGGUUCUGUGCUUGUCCUUUCCAGUUCCCUUCAAUGGCAGACUGCUAUGAGGCAUUUUUCUCUCUACCUCUGAGCCACAGAGAUAUCUCUGCAAAACUAGGUCUUGCUUUCAGUGUUUUGUGGGUGGCUGUGGAACGAUGUAAUGCAGGCACGCUUUGGCUUUGUUCAGGAGGCAUUCUGCAAGGAGAGGGUUUCAUGAGUGUGCCAGGGAGCCACUGAAUCGGGUUUCAGGGAGAACAAUAAUAAAAGAAAA